GAACCUCUCACCAACCACCACCGGCAGCAGCCCCGUAGCAGAUGACUGAUAAGCCCUUCCUCUCCAGAACCAGAACCGACAGGUUGAGUUUGGAUAAUGCUUCGAGAAAUUUGUGGAAUCUGUGUUGUUCUUGACUCGCGGCUUAGUUUUUUUGUUUAGAACAGCAUUGCGAUGGAGUAAAGUUGUUUGGGGAGGUUAGGAGAUCUGGUGAAAUGGAAGACGGUGUGGGUGCUAUGAGAAGAUGGGAGGAUCUGGAGACGGAUAUCUUGGUGAAGAUUUUUCAGUCGUUUGAUGUGUUUGAGUUAACUUCGGGGUUAGCUCAUGUUUGUAGUGGAUGGCGCUUGGCGUGCUGUGAUCCUCUUCUGUGGAAGACAUUGGAUUUGUCGUUGAUGAAGUCUAAUUUCAUUAAAAUUCCGCUGGAGCCGUAUGUUUAUGUGGACGGCCGGUCUGAUAAGUUGUUGUCUAGUCUCUUGAAGAGAUCCAUGAGUCUCAGCCGGGGAAGCAUCACGACUUUGAUUUUCCAUUUCAAUUUGUAUGUCAGUGAUGAUCAGUUGACAUACACUGCUGAAAGGUGCCCAAAUCUGAAGCGACUAGUUUUACCUGCUUGGAACAGAAUAAAAAAGACAGGAAUCUGCAAGGCCAUUUCGUGCUGGAAAAAUCUGGAAUCUUUGACAAUGCCCAGCAUAGCAAAUCCUCCAUACUUCAUAGAAGAGAUUGCCAAGAACUGCAAGAACUUUAAAGAACUGAAGAUCAUGGGCCCUUGUGAUAUUUUUUUUGCUUCAACCCUAGUUGCAUAUCUUCCCAAGUUAAAGGUUUUAAGCCUCCGGUGCUCAAUGCUCCUAAGGGAAGCUCUUCUCAUGAUCUUGGAGGGACUGCCACACUUAGAAGUUCUCAAUAUAUCACAUUGCCUUCUAGUUGAUGUCACUCCACCGCCUGCAUCUAAAAGAAUUUUGAGAGAGUUUGAUCCUUUUAUCCUUGAGAAGGCUUCCCGACUACGCAGGUUUUUGACAUGCAUGCAGGAUACCUGCGUGAUGUGCCAAAGGACAAAAACCGACGAGGGGCUCUUGAGGUGGUACAAGUAUGAAGAAGGGCUAUGGCUAGAGGACGAGGUGAGCUCCCUUGCUCUUUAGUAUGAAAACAAAACUGUAAUCUAGUUUUUUAGAAGCUAUUGUGUGACCUUUGCCUUUCGUGAUUGUAUUGUUGUAUGGACAUAAUAAAACUUUUUCUCCAUCGAACUUAUAAAAUGCCCGAUGGAGAGCUGUAUUACUGAAUAAUAUGUGUUAGUAUACUUUUGUACAAUCUAAGCUUGCU